UCGGGGACCAAUGGCAAGAUUCGUGCUGCUACCGAACGACGACGGAUCGGUCCGCCGGACGGUGUUACGUUGUCCGGAGUACGCGUUUAACGAUAACAAAUCGAAAGUUUUUCACUAGGCCAUAGGUAAAAAAGUUCCUCUGUCCACCGUGAAGCCCAAAGAUUUCCUUUGGUCUCCGUCUAACACCGGUACUACUUACCACCGCCGUCCGACCGACGACGAAUCUUCACCAUGGCUCACAGGAUAUUCCACAAGAUCAACAACAUUUCACAGUAUCUGGCGCGUUCCUACAGCUCGGAAGUACGAAAAGUGACGCUGAUCCCUGGAGAUGGAAUCGGUCCUGAAAUUUCGGCCGCUGUACAAAAAAUUUUCGAAGCUGCCCGAACUCCUAUUGAAUGGGAUGUUGUUGAUGUUACUCCUGUAAGAGCUCCAGAUGGUACAAUGAAAAUACCAUCCAAAGCUAUUGAAUCUGUAAAUACAAAUAAAAUUGGCCUUAAAGGACCUCUUAUGACACCCGUUGGUAAAGGUCAUCGUUCAUUGAACUUGGCACUUCGAAAAGAAUUCAAUUUAUAUGCCAAUGUAAGGCCUUGUCGUUCACUUGAAGGUUAUCCUACCUUAUAUGAAAAUGUAGAUGUAGUAACAAUUCGUGAAAAUACUGAAGGAGAAUACUCGGGUAUUGAACAUGAAAUUGUUGAAGGAGUUGUACAAUCCAUCAAAUUGAUCACCGAAGAAGCUUCAACUAGAGUAGCUGAAUUUGCUUUCAAAUAUGCAGUUGAAAAUAAACGAUCUAAGGUCACUGCUGUACAUAAGGCUAACAUUAUGAGAAUGUCUGACGGUUUGUUCUUAAGAUGUUGUCGUAAAGCUUCUUCCAAAUACCCACAGAUUAAGUUUGAAGAAAAAUACUUAGACACCGUGUGUUUAACUAUGGUUCAAGACCCCAGUCAUUAUGAUGUUUUAGUCAUGCCUAAUUUGUACGGUGAUAUAUUGUCUGAUAUGUGUGCUGGAUUAGUUGGUGGUUUAGGUUUGACACCUAGUGGAAACAUUGGCAGUAAUGGUGCUCUAUUCGAAUCUGUUCACGGAACUGCUCCAGACAUAGCAGGAAAAGACUUGGCCAAUCCCACUGCUCUACUUUUGUCUGCUGUUAUGAUGUUGCGACAUAUGGAACUUAACUCUCAGGCUGAUAUUAUUCAGAAGGCUUGUUUUGAUACCAUCAAAGAAGGCAAAUAUAGAACUGGUGACUUGGGUGGAAAAGCCAAGUGUUCAGAGUUUACUGAUGAAAUCUGCCGUAAAGUCGAAGAAUGUUCUUAACUUCGUAGAAAGAAAUUAUUGGUCCAUUAAUUUAAAUUAUUGUACUUUUGUAUAUUAUUUAUUUUGUGCAAAUUCUAGGCCCAUACAGAUUAGCAAUAACCCCUCGAGUUUUUCGUGUUUGUUCCUUUCUAUUUAAUUUAAUUUUUAUAAAAACAAUAUUUUAUCCAGACAUUGAAAUAUCCAGACUACUUGAAGUACAAUUUAAAUGAUUAUUUAGUACAGUCAUUGAUUCUGUGAUAAGUAUUUAGGUAAUUUAUUAAGAAAAAUAAAUCAUGAGAAACAUUUUGUCAUUGCUAUCCAUUUCAUUUGUACCUAUCAUUUUAUUUAUUUUUUUCAUUUUCAAAUUCAUAACUAUCACCCAUGACUCGAUGUACUAUUAACAAUAAAUCAAUUACUUAAUUAUGACAA